GAGUGCGACACCGCAGCCUGCGCUUAAAUUACAAUUAAUUAAGUAAAAAUCACAGCACUAUGCUGCUGUUUCUCUGGUGGAUAGCCGGCUAUAUAAUUCUCGUAUCGGGAAGUACGACUCCCCCGCUAUUUACCAUAGAACCACAAAAUAUUGCAAGGUGUCUGGACUAUUGCCACCUAAAGAACUUGCGAUUUCUUCUCUGCGUGGAGGCAGAUGGUCAGCUGUCGCACAAUCCCUACAAGGACUGCAAUCGAGGAUUUUGCAAGGCCGAGGACUUUGAGCUCGAAUAUGAAACGGAUGAUAGUAGCUCGGAAACUCGCAUCAAUCGCGUGGAGAAAACGCCAGUUGGCCAAAAGGCGAACCUAAGAGAUCUGUGUCUAAAUGAAAGGGGAAUUCCCAUCAGACGCAGGUGCCAAAUUCGCAAUGGCAAGAGAGUUUGGCAAAGUAUGGAUCACAUCACCUGCAGAUCGGCUCCGGAACUCAGUUCGAGUAUAAAUCUUCUGGCUGUAAAGAGUCCACCGGAUAUGAUCAGUCAAUUAAGCAACCUCCUAACUCAGUCCCAGGAAAAACUAGCAGCCGCCGAUGUCUUUAGUAUUUCUGAGAUUUUCGAUUCGCUCGUUCAAAAACCGGAACGAAAUGCUGAAGUAGUCGGGGAUUUGAUGAAAAUUUGCCAGAAAGUAAUGACCACGGAUAACGAAACCCUUCGCAUUUCAGCCGAUGUUAAUGCCACAAAUUCCCUGCUUAGCAAUUUCGAGGACUAUCUGGAUGAACUGGGCUCAAAGAUAUUCCAGAAAAACACCAGCAUCCUUAACAACAGUACAGAGUUUAAGGUUGAAAGACAUUUUGAUCAUGGUGUUGUAGUUUUGAAAACGAGCGAACUGAGUGUUUUUUUUGUGGAUCCAGAGCUGAAGAAUAUAACAGGAAUGGCCAUCUUCUCAAGGGGGAAUACUUCGGAAUUUAGGGCCCUUCAUUCAAACGACACUGAAGAAGAUGUUAGGGCGAUUGAAAACCUAGAGACAGCUGUUUUUUUGCCCGAGAAACUAUGGAGGAAACUGAAGAGAAAGGGAGCCUCGUAUUUGGUAUUCAAAGUCUACACUCGUGAUGCACUUUUUGUGGAGACACUAGAGGAACUCAAGCGACGACCAACCAGUAAUGUUAUCUCUAUAACUAUACCGGGACUAGAAGAUACCAAACUUCCUGAGAAGUUGCCAUUUUUCCUUCGCAAUGGCAAGGCGAACCACACUCAAUACGAAGGUGGUUGUGGCUAUUGGAACUAUCAGACCUGGCUAAGUGAUGGAAUCUCCACCAGUGGCAACUUGGAUAACUCCUACCAUUCGGUGAUUCUCUGUCAUGCAGAACACCUAACCCAGUUCACAUUUUUAUUAGGAGUGAGUAAAAUGCAGACUGGCCAGGUGACCUAUGAAGAUGAUCACACCUUGGAUAUCAUCACCAAUGUAGGCUUGACCCUAUCUCUCCUGGGCCUUUUCAUAAUAUUCCUCACUGCAGCUGUGUUUAAAAGUUUCCGAAGUUUAGCCUCUACGAAGAUACUGCUAAAUCUUUGUGCUGCCUUGUUUCUUCAACUCUUAUUCUUUUUGAUAUUGAGUCAAAGUCAUUUACUGGAACAACUCAAUCAAACUGAUACGGAAAGGUGCACCCUAAUUGGAGCUGUAAUGCAGUAUUUACUAUUGGUUGUCUUUAGCUGGAUGUUUAUCAUCGGCUUUCUGCAGUAUCAAAGAUAUGUGAGGGUCAUUGGUGUCAAUCAUCCAAGGCAUUAUAUACUAAUGUCGGCUAUUGUGGCCUGGACAUUGCCAGUUGUGCCCACUUUGUUGGUGGUUUUUCUAGAGCCCGAUUCCUAUAGACCCAGUAAUUCCACUCUGGAUACAACUAUUCUCUGCUAUCCUUCGGGAUAUGGUUUAAGUCUGGGUGUGAUUCUACCUAUUGGUCUGAUUACAAUAGCCAAUGCUUUAUUAGUGGGCUACAUCACCUGGAGUGUCUAUAAAGCUCUGUUUACCCGUGAUCUAGUGUUAAAACAAUUGGGUCUCUUUGUGCUGCUAUUUUUCCUGCUGGGUAUUACCUGGAUUUUCGGUCUCUGUUCUUACUUUGAUUUCGGCAAGAUUUUCGCCUACCUUUUCUGCCUCACAGCCACUCUACAGGGAUUCGUUCUAUUCCUCUACUUUAUCGUUUUCAACAAAGAAAAUCAAAGGGCCUGGUUGGGUCUCUGUUUCACUUUGCGCAAAAAGAAAGAUCAAGAGACUAUAGAAAUACCCACGGACUCGAUUUUAAAACGCUCAAGCCAGUCAUCAACUCACAGUACCAGUAAUAAUUAGGUAAGGUUAGGGAAACAAAGUGUAUAAUAAAUAUUCCUAGGGUUCCACUUAGAAAAAUCAAUUAAUAAAUGAUUUAGUACCUAUAUAAUUGAGUU